AUGGCGGCGGCGGAGGAGAACAGCUCGCUCUUCCUGAUAUUCAUCCUGACCAUGAUCGCGCUGCCCCUGGUGCCGUACACGAUCACGCGGCUGUGCCACGCGGCGACGAAGAAGGCCAAGACCAUCCACUGCCGCUGCUCCGGGUGCCACCGCUCCGGAAAGUACCGGAAGUCGAUCUACAAGAAGGUGGGCGGGUUGCGGCUGUUUGUUCUGCAUAUCCAACUUCUCGACGUGGAGCAACCUUACUAUUUUGCUUCUCUGGAUCGUUGUGAUCUUCCUGAUUUACUACAUCAAACUCAGCAGCCGCGAGGUAUGGUCCAAGUAUUUGAGCCAUACAGCAUUCUUGGACUUGAACCAGGGGCAUCAGAAAAUGAAAUCAAGAAAUCAUACAGGAGACUCUCUAUUCAGUACCAUCCUGAUAAAAAUCCCGAUCCUGAGGCCCAUACAUACUUUGUUGAAUCUAUCUCCAAGGCGUAUCAGGCGUUAACUGAUCCUAUAUCUCGUGAAAAUUAUGAGAAGUAUGGUCAUCCAGAUGGGCGCCAGGGGUUCCAAAUGGGCAUCGCUUUGCCCAAGUUCUUGCUGAAUAUGGAUGGUGCAUCUGGCGGGAUAAUGCUUCUAGGAAUUGUGGGGCUUUGCAUACUCUUCCCCUUGAUGAUAGCAGUUAUUUAUUUAUCAAGGUCAUCAAAAUAUACUGGAAAUUAUGUCAUGCAUCAAACUCUGUCCACUUAUUAUUACUUUAUGAAGCCAUCUCUAGCUCCAAGCAAAGUCAUGGAUGUCUUCAUCAAGGCUGCAGAGUAUAUGGAGAUGCCAGUACGACGCAGUGAUGACGAGCCCCUGCAGAAAUUGUUUGUAGCAGUUAGAAGUGAGUUAAAUCUAGAUUUGAAGAAUAUUAGAACAGAGCAAGCCAAGUUCUGGAAGCAGCAUCCAUCACUUGUAAAGAUGGAACUCUUGAUUCAGGCUCAUCUUACUCGAGAGUCAUUUGCUUUGACACCAGCGCUAGUAAAAGAUUACAGGCACAUGCUUGAACUUGCGCCUCGUCUUUUGGAAGAACUAGUUAAGCUGAUGUUUAGGAUGGCUAUCAAUACUAGUGAACCAUUCAAGCUUACACAGAGCAUGAUUAACAAAUUGUGGCAAUUUAAUCCUAAUAAUUUACCCAUGAAAUAUCUAAAGAUUGCACUUCUACCGAGGAGUCCCAACGGUUUUGGAUGGCUCAGGCCUGCAAUUGGUGUAGUUGAACUGUCUCAAAGUAUAAUUCAGGCUGUCCCUCUCAGUGCUCGAAAAGCUGGUGGAGGUAAUUCAGAAGGAAUAGCACCUUUCUUGCAGCUGCCACAUUUUACUGAAGCAACUGUCAAAAAAAUUGCCCGCAAGAAAAUCAGGGCAUUCCAAGAACUUUGCGAUAUGUCGGAGGUGGAACGUGCCACACUGCUGACACAGGUAGCUGGACUUUCAGAAGAAGAAGCUCGGGAUGUAGAGCUUGUACUGGAGAUGAUUCCUACUGUUGAGGUGGAUAUUAAAUGUGAAACUGAAGGAGAAGAGGGCAUACAAGAGGGUGAUGUUGUCACAAUGUAUGCUUGGGUCUCACUUCAGCGUCGCAGUGGGCUAACUGCUGCCCUUCCCCAUGCUCCUUUCUAUCCGUUCCACAGGGAAGAGAACUUCUGGCUGCUUCUAGCGGACACAGCGUCAAACGAAGUUUGGUUAUCCCAGAAAAUCAGCUUCAUGGACGAGGCUACCGCCAUAACUGCAGCGUCAAAAGCUAUACAAGAUACCCAGGAAGCAUUGGGAGCAAGCCCAAAGGAAAUAGGAAUUGCAGUUAGGGAGGCGGUUGACAGAGUGAAGAAAGGCAGUAGGCUGGUGAUGGGCAAGUUCCAAGCCCCAUCAGAGGGCAAUCACAACCUGACGUCCUUCUGCUUGUGCGACGCAUGGAUAGGCUGUGACAGCAAGACUAGCUUUAAGCUGAAGGUUCUGAAGCGCAGCCGCGCGGGAACAAGAACCUAUGUGCCUGAAGAAGGGCCAGUGGCAGAGGAUGGCAUUGAGGAGGAAGAGGAGGAGGAAGAAGAGGAGUAUGACGAUUACGAGAGCGAGUACAGUGAGGACGACGAAGAAGAAAAGAAGAAGGGAAAGGGUAAGGUUGCAAACGGAGCAGCACAUCAAAGGGCAAGCUCUGAUAUAGAUUCAGGCAGCGAUGAUUGA